AUGACUCCACUCAAGAUUAGCACUUACAGAAACAAAACUGCCUCUUCCUGGCUUAUGAAAUUCAGUUUUCUUUGGCUUCUUAGUCACAGUUGUUGCAGAGCCAGUGCUGUCUGGACUGCUUACAUGAACAUCUCGUUUCAUGUUGGGAAUCGGAUGUUGUCAGAGUUGGGGGAAACGGGAGUGUUUGGAAGAAGCUCCACUUUGAAGAGAGUGGCAGGAGUUAUCGUGCCACCUGAUGGAAAAACUCAAAAUGCAUGUAAUCCCAGUACCAGUUUCAGCAGAUUGAAGAACUCAGAGACCUGGCUUGCACUUGUUGAACGAGGUGGUUGUACCUUCACGCAGAAAAUUAAGGUGGCCAUUGAGAAGGGAGCCGGCGGAGUGAUCAUCUACAACUUUCCAGGAACUGGCAAUCAGGUUUUUCCCAUGUCUCAUCAGGCAUUUGAAGACAUCGUUGUGGUGAUGAUUGGUAACCUCAAGGGCGUGGAGAUUUUGCAUUUAAUUCAGAAGGGAGUUCACGUUACAGUCAUAGUUGAGGUGGGGAGGAAACACAUCAUCUGGAUGAAUCAUUAUUUUGUCUCUUUUGUGAUUGUCACAACUGCUACUUUAGCAUAUUUCAUCUUUUAUCGUAUUCGGAGACUUUGGAUAGCAAGGAUUCAGAACCGGAGAUGGCAGCGGUUAACAACUGAUCUCAAGAAAGCCUUUGGCCAGCUGCAGCUUCGGGUUCUGAAAGAGGGGGAUGAGGAAAUCAGUCCAAAUGGAGAUAGCUGCGUAGUUUGCUUUGAACUCUAUAAGCCUAAUGAUACAGUUCGUAUUCUCACUUGUAAACACUUUUUCCACAAGAGUUGCAUUGACCCCUGGAUUCUGGCCCAUGGGACGUGCCCCAUGUGCAAACGUGACAUUCUUAAAGCUUUGGGUAUUCAGGUGGAUGUUGAAGAUGGGACAGAAUCUUUGCAGGUUCUCAUGUCAAGUGAAUUGUCCGAUGCCCUGUCCCCUGAUGAAGAACAGACAGACAGUGAACUUCCUCCUGUGAGAGGAUCUGACGAAGUGACCCCUUUGGAAGCGAGGGAGGUGCCGCUGCCCCCUCAGAAUGACAGCCAGCCUACUUCAGUAGUUGAAGAUGUUCAUCCUUUACCUUGA